AUGUUUCUUCGGGAGGCGGAACGAUUUAGUCAACAGGCCACAUAUACUGUGCCAGAUGAAUCAAUACCCGCGUACUCAUCCCAUAUGCGUGUUAAUCACCGCCAAUAUACCUUCGUGAUUGUGAUUCCCGCUAGAACUUCUAUUUAAGCAGAGCCCCAGAUGUGAAGUGAGAGAUAACUUCGUCAACCUCAAACAACAAACAAACCUUGAUCAUUACAUUACAGCUUUGAUACAACUCCCAAACUUCAAGUCCGCGUUAUCUUUGGUUCGGAACCGCUACAUAUCUCUUCGAAGAAAUACUUGCCUGGCAUAUCAGAAGCUGUUGUCGGUCAUACCAGCGUCGAAAGGGAUACCGAGAACACCAGUAUCAUCAUGUCAGACUCCUCUUUAAUCGAGUACCUCCGCCAUGAAUCAAAUGACAGAACCGAUAAAGACCGGAAACUACUUCCAGAAGAAAACACCAUCGCCACAAGAGACAAGGACUUCCCACCAGAAUUAUAUGAUGGAGGUGUCUUUAGAGAAUCCGGUAUUAUACGAAUUAUGAAGGAGUGGUUAAGCCGUUGA